AUUUAUGGAACCAGCAAUGCAGCAGCUAAGAGUCGCCACCACCACCGCCACCACCGGGUCUUAAUCUGCCACAGCGAAAGCAUGCGUUGACACGGAAAGCUCUUGUUUUCUCCUGCUGCAUGGCGCCAAUGUGGUGAUGAUUCCCAAGAGCAUUCGCUGGUGGAGAAUGCUUCCUUCUCCUGGGAAUAAACGUUUAAUCCCAAGCAAAACCAUGGCCUUUCUGCAAUAAAAUACUAGCAACAGGUUUGGCCAUUUCCAACUACAUACCAACACUUCUCCUUCAUGCCUUGUAUACUAUUCCUUCUCCACCUACCUUCCCGCUCUAUAUAUGCAACCGUAGGAAAGCAUGCAACUUUAAAAGUAGCUUCUCCUCUGCCCUUUCCUCUCUCUUUCUCUCUCUCCCUCUCUCUUGGCAGAUACGGGAGGGUGGUGACAGCACCGAAAUGGUUGCGUUCCGGGGUGAGACUUUCAAGACCGUGGACCAGUGCACCUCGGUGGGGCGGGAGGGGCACACGGUGGUGGCCGACAUGGACGGCACCUUGCUCCUGGGCCGCAGCUCCUUCCCCUACUUCGCGCUCGUCGCAUUCGAGGUGGGCGGCGUCCUGAGGUUGCUGCUCCUGCUCCUGGCGGCGCCGCUGGUUGGCGUGCUUUACUACUUCCUGUCGGAGUCGGCCGGGAUCAAGGUGCUCAUCUUCGCGGCGCUGGCCGGGGCGCGGGUGGAGGAAGUGGAGUUGGCGGCGCGGGCGGUGCUGCCCAAGUUCUACUCGGCGGACGUCCACCCGGAGGCGUGGCGGGUGUUCUCGGCGUGUGGCAGGCGGUGCGUGCUCACGGCCAACCCCAGGAUCAUGGUGGAGGCGUUCCUGAAGGAGUACCUGGGCGCUGACCUCGUCAUCGGGACGGAGCUCGGGACGUACAAAGGCCGGUUGACGGGGUUCGCCGUCCACCCGGGGGUUCUCGUUGGAAGGAACAAAGCCGCCGCGCUCCGCAAGCAGUUGCCGGAGGCGUCGCCGGAGAUCGGGCUGGGCGAUCGGGAGACCGACUUCCCUUUCAUGAGUCUUUGUCAGGAGGCGUAUGUGGUGCCACCGAAACCCAGAUGCGGGGCCGUCGCCAGUGACAAGCUGCCGAAGCCGGUCGUCUUCCACGACGGCCGCUUGGUCCAGAAGCCAACGCCGCUGCUGGCCCUCGUUACCGUCCUCUGGUUCCCGGCGGGCUUCCUCCUGGCCUGUCUCCGCAUCGCCUCCGGGGCCCUCCUCCCCAUGCGCUACGUCUACCACGUCUUCCGCGCUCUCGGCGUCCGCGUCACCGUCCGCGGCACCCCUCCUCCCCCGGCCUCCACGUCCCUCGGCCAUUCCGGCGUCCUCUUCGUCUGCUCCCACCGCACCCUUCUGGACCCCGUCUUCCUCUCCGUCGCCCUCGGCCGCCCGAUCGCCGCCGUCACCUACUCUGUCUCCCGCCUCUCCGAGAUACUCUCCCCCAUCCGUACCGUGCGCCUCAGCCGCGACCGCGCCCGCGACGCCGCCAUGAUCCGGAAGCUCCUGCAGGAGGGCGACCUGGCGAUCUGCCCCGAGGGGACGACCUGCCGCGAGCCCUUCCUGCUGCGCUUCUCGGCGCUGUUCGCGGAGCUCACGGACCAGAUCGUGCCGGUGGCGACUUGCAGCCGAAUGAGCAUGUUCCACGGCACCACGGCGAGGGGGUGGAAGGGGAUGGACCCCUUCUACUUCUUCAUGAACCCCAGUCCAGCCUACGAGGUUACCUUCCUCGACAAGCUCCCGCUCGAGAUCACCUGCAGCGGCGGCAAGUCCAGCCACGAGGUGGCCAACUACAUACAGCGGGCGAUAGCCUCCACUUUGUCCUACGAGUGCACCCGUUUCACGAGGAAGGACAAGUACCGGGCGCUCGCCGGGAACGAUGGAACUGUUCCUGAGAAGAAGUCCAAGGCUGAAGGCUGAAGGCUGAAGGCGCCACAGCCAUGGAUCGCUAAGGAGGCAGCAGCUACUACUACUACUACUGCUGCAUAUGUUCUCUCUCGUAAUCCCGACUGUUCCGGCUAUGAUCUCAGUGCUUAAUGUACAUUGAUAUCUCUAUAAUAAUCAUUAAAAUUAAUGUCAGCAUCCUGUUCUAAUGUGCAUUGAUGUCUA